AAACUCGAGGGGAGAGAGAAAAAGCUAUACUACAACCUUUGUUCAUCACCUGUUUGCAAGGUUUUUCUAGAGAGAGAAAGAAUUCCGAUUCAACUUCUAGAGAGAGAAAUUCCGAAUCUUUUCCCGUCACCUGUGUUGUCUGCUUGUUCCCAAGCUCCGAUCUCCGACAUCUGCUCUGUUGACUUGUUUGGUGGGCUUCUGAGGUUAACGGCGACGAAAUCGGUCCUUCUGGUCUCCGAUCUGAAACGCCUCGUCGCCCGACUCAGUGAGUCAGGGUUACGCAAUUCGGUAUUGCUUGGAUGAGUUAGAGAACAAGAGGAGAUAUUCCCCGGGAAAGGAUUUAUCAUGACCGGUCCAGUCAACAUAAUAGUUGGCUCUCAUGUUUGGGUUGAAGAUUCACAAGUAGCAUGGAUUGAUGGCGAAGUUGUCAAAAUCAAUGGUGAAGAACUUCAUGUAAAAACCACAAAUGGGAAGAAUGUUGUGGCAAAUAUCUCAAAAGUAUUUCCAAAGGAUACAGAGGCCCCCCCUGGGGGUGUUGAUGACAUGACAAAGCUCUCUUAUUUACAUGAGCCAGGCGUUUUGCAUAACUUGGCCAUGAGAUAUGAGCUGAAUGAAAUUUAUACUUAUACUGGAAACAUUUUGAUUGCUGUAAAUCCAUUCCAAAGGUUACCGCAUCUAUAUGAUACUCAUAUGAUGGAGCAAUAUAAAGGAGCAGGCUUUGGGGAGUUAAGUCCCCAUGUUUUUGCAAUUGCAGAGGUCGCUUUCAGGGCAAUGAUCAACGAGGGCAAGAGCAACUCAAUUUUGGUAAGUGGGGAAAGUGGUGCAGGUAAGACUGAGACCACAAAGAUGCUUAUGCGUUACCUUGCUUACCUUGGAGGUCGAUCGGGUGUUGAAGGAAGGACAGUUGAACAGCAAGUUCUGGAGUCAAAUCCAGUUCUUGAAGCUUUUGGCAAUGCGAAAACUGUUAGGAACAACAACUCGAGUCGAUUUGGAAAGUUUGUUGAGAUUCAAUUUGACAAAAGUGGGAGGAUAUCUGGAGCAGCUGUUCGAACAUAUCUGUUGGAAAGAUCUCGAGUCUGUCAGAUUUCGGACCCUGAAAGAAAUUACCACUGCUUUUACCUUCUGUGUGCUGCCCCUCCCGAGGAACGAGAAAAGUUCAAGUUGGGUGACCCACAAUCAUACCACUACCUAAAUCAAUCGAAGUAUUAUAAGCUUGAUGGAGUUGAUGAUACCGAGGAAUACCUUGCUACGAGAAGAGCAAUGGAUAUUGUCGGCAUCAGUGAGGAAGAACAGGAUGCAAUUUUUAGAGUUGUUGCUGCAAUCCUGCAUCUAGGUAACGUUGAAUUUGCGAAAGGACCAGAGGUGGACUCUUCGGUCCUGAAGGAUGAGAAAUCAAGAUUCCAUCUUAAUACAGUGGCGGAGCUUCUUAAGUGUGAUGUAAAGAGCUUGGAAGACGCUUUAAUAAAACGUGUAAUGGUGACACCCGAAGAGGUUAUCACGAGAACCCUUGAUCCCGAUUCAGCACUGGGUAGCAGGGAUGCCUUAGCUAAAACCACCUAUUCUCGAUUAUUUGAUUGGCUUGUGGAGAAAAUCAACAGUUCGAUUGGGCAAGAUCCGAACUCCAAGACAAUAAUUGGAGUUCUUGAUAUCUAUGGUUUUGAAAGCUUUAAGAUCAACAGUUUUGAGCAAUUUUGUAUCAAUUUCACCAAUGAAAAGCUGCAACAGCAUUUCAACCAGCAUGUCUUUAAAAUGGAACAAGAAGAGUAUACCAAAGAAGAAAUCAACUGGAGUUACAUAGAAUUUGUUGAUAACCAGGAUGUGUUAGAUCUCAUUGAGAAGAAACCUGGAGGAGUCAUUGCCCUUUUAGAUGAAGCAUGUAUGUUUCCAAAGUCAACACAUGAAACAUUUGCUCAGAAAUUGUAUCAAACAUUCAAAAACAGCAAGCGGUUUAGCAAGCCAAAGCUAUCUCGUACCAGCUUUACAAUAUCACAUUAUGCUGGAGAGGUACCCUAUCAGGCCGACCUGUUCCUCGACAAGAACAAAGAUUAUGUGGUGGCAGAACAUCAGGACCUCUUGACAGCUUCCAGCUGUUCUUUCGUAGCAGGUUUAUUUCCUCGUCUUCCAGAAGAAACAUCAAAUAAAACCAAAUUUUCUUCCAUCGGGUCACGUUUUAAGCUUCAACUUCAAUCUUUGAUGGAGACGCUUAGUUCAACUGAGCCUCACUACAUUAGAUGUGUGAAGCCAAACAAUGUACUUAAGCCGGCAAUCUUUGAGAAUGUAAACGUGAUUCAACAGUUACGUUGUGGUGGUGUUCUGGAAGCAAUAAGAAUCAGUUGUGCAGGGUAUCCCACUAAGAGGACAUUUUAUGAGUUUCUCAAUCGUUUUGGUGUUCUUGCUCCAGAAGUUUUGGAGGGAAAUUAUGAUGACAAGGUUGCUUGCAGAAUGCUUCUGGAUAAGAUGGGAUUAAAGGGUUAUGAAAUAGGGAAGACAAAGGUCUUCCUGAGAGCUGGGCAGAUGGCCGAGUUGGAUUCACGAAGAGCAGAGGUGCUUGGAAAUGCAGCAAGGAGAAUCCAAAGACAAAUCCGUACUUAUAUUGCACGCAAAGAAUUCCUUGCUCUACGUGGAGCUGCAAUUGUUUUACAGUCGAAUUGCCGAGGAAAACUGGCCUGCAACCUUUACGAGCAAAUGAGGCGUAAAGCGGCAGCUGUGAAGAUCCAGAAGAACUUCAGAAGACAUGUAGAGAGAACAUCAUAUGUACGAGUUAGACAAUCAGCCAUAAUGGUCCAAACAGCUCUAAGAGGAAUGGUUGCUCGCAAUGAAUUCAGAUUCAGAAAGCAAACAAAGGCUGCUACUAUUAUUCAGGCUCGUCUUCGUACCCAUCUGGCAUAUUCUUACUACAAGAAACUUCAACGGGCUGCUGUUUUUUCACAAUGUGGCUGGAGGAGAAGGGUUGCCCGACGAGAACUCAGGAAGCUGAAGAUGGCUGCGCGUGAAACUGGAGCUCUUAAGGAGGCGAAAGACAAGCUUGAAAAGCGGGUUGAGGAACUGACAUGGCGUCUGCAAUUAGAAAAGCGUCAGAGAACUGAGCUGGAAGAGGCAAAGGCCCAAGAAGUUGCAAAACUGGAGGAGACUUUGCAAGCAAUGCAGUUGCAAGUCGAAGAAGCAAACACUGCUGUGAUUAGAGAACGCGAGGCUGCAAGGAAGGCUAUUGAAGAAGCACCUCCAGUUGUGAAGGAGACUCCGGUAUUGGUCGAGGAUACUGAAAAAAUCAAUUCAUUAACCGCAGAGGUGGAGGGUCUGAAGACUUUGCUGCAAUCAGAACGGCAAGAAGCUGAAAACUUGAAAAAGGCUUUCGCUGAUGCAGAGGCCAAGAAUAUGGAGCUGGCCAGAAAACUGGAAGAUGCUGCUAAAAAAGCAGAUCAGCUUCAAGAAUCAGUACAAAGAUUGGAAGAGAAACUUUCUAAUUCGGAAUCAGAGAAUCAAGUGCUCCGUCAACAAGCACUUGCUAUUUCACCAACCAGCAGAACUAUGGCUGUACGAUCAAAGACGAUGAUUCUACAGAGAACUCCGGAGAAUGGAAAUCUUCUUAAUGGUGAAACAAAAACUACACCGGACACGGCUCUUGCUGUGCGGGAGCCAGAGUCUGAGGAGAAACCACAGAAGCAUCUGAAUGAAAAACAACAGGAGAACCAGGAUCUACUCAUCAAGUGUAUCUCGCAAAACCUAGGAUACUCGGGGGGCAAGCCUGUUGCUGCUUGUGUCAUAUAUAAAUGUCUCCUUCAAUGGAGAUCAUUUGAAGUCGAAAGAACAAGUGUGUUUGACCGUAUCAUUCAAACAAUAGCUUCUUCCAUAGAAGUUCCAGAUAACAAUGAUGUCUUAACAUACUGGUUGUCAAAUUCGGCUACGUUGCUUUUGCUGCUCCAACGAACUCUCAAAGCCACUGGGGCAGCUAGUUUGACACCACAGAGACGAAGAACAACUUCAGCUUCCCUUUUCGGGAGGAUGUCACAAGGAUUAAGGGGAUCUCCACAAAGUUCUGGACUCUCAUUUUUGAAUAGUCGAGGGCUUAGCAAGCUUGACGACCUGAGACAAGUCGAAGCAAAGUACCCUGCUUUGCUUUUCAAGCAGCAACUUACGGCUUUCCUCGAGAAGAUAUAUGGGAUGGUCAGAGAUAAUCUCAAGAAAGAGAUUUCUCCUCUUCUCGGGUUAUGUAUACAGGCACCAAGGACGUCACGGGCAAGUCUGGUGAAAGGACGAGCACAAGCAAAUGCGGUUGCUCAACAAGCUCUUAUCGCACAUUGGCAAAGUAUUGUGAAAAGCCUAAACAGUUACUUGACAAUAAUGAAAGCGAACUUUGUUCCUCCCUUCUUAGUCCAUAAAAUAUUCACACAGAUAUUUUCCUUCAUCAAUGUUCAGCUUUUCAACAGUCUUCUUCUACGUCGUGAAUGUUGCUCAUUCAGCAACGGGGAGUAUGUUAAAGCAGGCUUGGCUGAAUUAGAGCAAUGGUGCCGAGAGGCAACCGAAGAGUAUGCUGGCUCGGCAUGGGAUGAGUUGAAGCAUAUUAGACAAGCUGUUGGUUUCCUGGUCAUUCAUCAAAAGCCGAAAAAGACAUUAGAUGAAAUAACGAGAGACCUCUGCCCGGUCCUAAGUAUACAGCAGCUAUACAGAAUCAGCACGAUGUAUUGGGACGACAAAUAUGGCACGCAUAGUGUCUCUUCCGAUGUUAUUGCAAACAUGAGAGUCAUGAUGACGGAGGAUUCCAACAAUGCAGUCAGCAGUUCUUUCCUCUUGGACGACGACUCCAGCAUCCCCUUCACGGUGGAAGACAUAUCAAAAUCGAUGCAACAAGUUGAUAUAAACGACGUCGACCCUCCUCAGCUCGUCCGGGAAAACUCGGGUUUCGGUUUCUUACUCACACGCAAGGAAUAGGACAAGGAAAUGCCGUCCAGACAAGACCUACAAAGCUCGGCAUCUCCCGUGCUGCAUAUACAGACAGUAAAAACGCGUAAUUCCUUUCUGUGUAUAUUAUUCGUUUCCGCUCCAUUUUUUUCCCUUGUCGAACUCGAUCUCCUUGUCGAGAGGCCGAGUUGAUUUUUCAUUCUUUUAAACCGCCGCCGUCGUUAUCGGAGACGACGAGGGCAUUGUCGCCAUUGGGGUGGUGAUGAUGAAGGAGGUGCAAGAAAAGAUACCAUAGAAGAAGCUCUGCAACUUUAGUGGUUUUCUGAGAAUCUUCCCUGCACAAAGCGCGGAAGUUUUCUUCUUUCAUUUUUUUUUAUUUUGAUGAUUUUGUAUUUUUUUGGGUCACAAUGGUAUGGUUUUUUUUUUAAUUUUUUUGUUGGUUUGUGGUUGUGUUUUUGUAGUUUUGGGAAAAUCGUGAUGAAGGAAUAUAGAUUGUUUUUUUUUUCUUCA